AUGGAGAUUGUGAAAUCGAAGCGUAGUUCGGUUGUUGAUAAUCGUUANGGCAUCACAUACCCUUUCGAGUACGCGAAAACCAGCAGUCAACUACGGUCCCAAGGAAAACAAGGGAAUGCUUUCCAAGCACUUCGCAGUGUAGUGACAACUCAAGGACUGUCUGGUAUCUAUACGGGUUGCAGUGCAUUGAUCGUCGGUACUGCGCUAAAAGCUGGCGUUCGCUUUCUUGCAUUCGAUACCAUCAAAGCCCAGCUUGCAGAUGAGAAUGGAAAACUGUCGACAUCCGGCGGAAUCCUGGCUGGAAGUGUAGCAGGAGCUGUAGAGAGUGUUCUGGCUGUGACACCGACUGAGCGGAUCAAGACUGCUCUUAUCGACGAUGGCAAGGGCGCCAAACGAUUUCGUUCUACACCUCACGCAGUCGGCAUCCUGAUACGUGAACAAGGCCUUGUAGGAUUGUACCGAGGUCUAGUAAGCACGACCAUCAAGCAAUCAGCCACUUCAGCAGUCAGGAUGGGAUCAUACAAUACGCUCAAGACUCGGUACACCAGCUAUAUCGGACACGCGCCAAAGACGACGCCCGAAACAUUCGCAAUCGGUGCAUGCGCAGGAUUGAUCACUGUAUAUGCAACUCAGCCAUUCGAUACGAUUAAAACUCGCACACAAAGCAGUCAAGGUGAGACGCUAUUGCGAGCUGCCAGGGGCAUUUGGGUUGAUAGUGGUAUUGUGGGUUACUGGAAAGGAAGCGCCCCGAGACUCGGCAGACUGCUUCUUUCUGGUGGAAUUGUCUUCUCUGUCUAUGAGAGGAUCUUGAGUUUUGUGUCUUGA